UCUAGCAAAUUUUGAACGGAAUCUCACUAAUUUCCCUACCAAAAGAAAGAAAUCCUCAGUUAGGAAAUCGAAGAAAUCUCUGAAUUCUCUCGACUUAAACAUGUCUAUGAAAAACCGCACUGCAGUGGUAUAUAUUAAGAAUAAAGACUUGAGACCAGUGAAUAGGGUUAACUACGACACACUAGAUCUAUCAGAGAAUUUAGGAAAUCUACUGAAGCCUUCAGAGCACGAUUUUGGGUAUAAAGAAUCGCUGAAAUAUGAUGAUAAAUAAAUAAAAACAAGGGAUGGAGCGUAUUCCUGGAUGUUAUCAACAAGUAUCCUAAAGCUGAACAUGUUAACAAAACUGUCGAAGAAUGUAAACAAAUCAAGGAUACCUCAAGAGAUAUCCACAGACGCAAGAGAAAAAGCAGCAAGAGAAAGUCCAAGGUUGGCAGACUAGCAGCAAGGCUCAAAAAUAAGAAGAACUCUAAGAAUUUUACUAUCAAAUAAAGUUUCUUUUGAGAAUCCUCCUGUGAGCAGCAACCAAUCAAGCGUUGCUAAUAGCCCCAGGAUAAGCCCAUCUGGUUCUUCCAAAGUUCCAGUAGUCGACCUAUUCAACCCAAGUAGGAACGAUCAGACUCUGAAUAAAAUCCGAGAGGAAAAAGUUGGCUUAGAGGAAACUCCCAAAAAGAUCCUCAGAGAAAGAGCCUCAUUUUCGUCAAGAAGGCAAAGACUAAGAAUUUACAAAUAAAAAUUACAAACCAUCUGCUUCACAAGAUUUUGGCAAAACUGGGUACAGAUCUGUCUUCCAUGCUAUAAGCAAUCGGAACAACUGGUUUAUUCACAAGGGCAAAGUCCAGAAAUUAAGCAGCUCGGUUCGGAAAUUACGAAGGAAGAUUAAAAAUUCGCAUUGAUUUCCAAUAAUUAAGGCUCAGUAUGCGAGGUUUAUUCAAUCAUCAAGACAGACCUCUAAGCGGAAGAAUUCAUCUAUAUCUUGGGGUCAAAAGCCGCCUGUCAUAAACGGGAACAUGGGUAGGAUAGUUGAGAUGGCCUUAAGCACUAUUGUGUGACUGAAAAACAAAGAGAUUUCCAAAAUUGACCUCUCAAAGCUAGUGUUAUUCCCCGAAUUCACUAAACCUAGCGCUAAAUACCCUGAAUCGAUAUACACGAAAUUGAAAAGUUUGCAGGAUCAAGGUUGGGAUGAGACCUUGAGGGUACAGUGUAAAGAACAACUGGAAGAAAUUAUUAAUAUCUAA